AUGAUCAAUGAUGAACUCAUUAGCUCCAUCGUGAGUAUGGGGUUCUCUGCUGAGGAAGCCCAGAAAGCCCUUGAGCAGAGCAACAACGACGUUGAGAUUGCCAUUGCCUUUCUCCUUGGCGACCAUGAUGAAGGCAACGAUCCUCCUCCCCCCACCGAUGAUCAUACCCACCAGGCGCCACCGCCACCUCUCCCUGAUCGAUACCACUACGAUGACCUCGUUCCCAUCUCGAAUCCAGAAGAUAUACCCAACUUCCCCCCACGAGAGAGUGGCGUCCGCUCGAUCAUCGACAAUGAGGACUACUACCCCAAACCGGAGACGCUGCCGUUGCUGACAGUGGUGAUCCCGACGGUGACGGGAUUGCUUGAUAACCACAUGUUACCUUUCCUCCUGAUCAUGAGCCAAUUGGACCGGUUCCAGCAAGCUCUCAUGGUUGCUCCUGGAGGGGUGCCAGAAUACACAUCCCGGUGGUAUAAUUCCCCCAUCACCAUUACCCCGACUGAACAAUACGAAAAGCAACUGCAGGUAGCAGCAGCAAAGUUUGUCACCAUCUUGCAAUUGAUCUCAGCUGUCGCCGGCCCGUCCUCGGUGGCCGAGCGGGCAUUCAUCACCAAUAAGGUGCUUGUAACGAAUUAUCCCCCUGAUUUCUGUCGCGAGCUUGGUCUUAUCGAGGAAGUGGACGACUGCUACGUGAAGUUCGUUACCAGUCUCGACAAUAACAUCCAGCAUUUGACGGGGAAGUCGUCAAAAAUCGACCAAUUGUUCCUCUCUACAGUGGAGAGUAUUACGGACAAUCGGUCUAAUCCAUUGGGUUUGUUCUCCAUUGAAGGUGAGAGUCGUCGGGGUAAUCUUUAUGAUCUGAUGACACAACUCUUUUGGUCAGAACCUGAUAGCGUUGGGUCGAUUCGAUUAAGCCAAUGUGCUCCAGUGAUGGGCUUCCAGUUGGGCGAAGCCAAUCCAGGCACCGAACCGUUUAGUCUUGACGAGUAUUUUUACCCGGAUAUCUAUUCGAGAAAGUGUGCUGAUCGUUUCAAAUCGGUGUAUACUAAGCAACAGGAACUCAAACAGUACAGGUCGUCACUCGAAGCACCUAUCAUUGACGUGACUGCAUUUGGGGGGCGGAGUAUCCUCGGCAUGUUGGAUCAAACAAAAGAGUAUUUGCAAGAGACUUAUGGCGACGGUGAUCAUAAAACGGAGCUUGAUGACAUAAAUCAGUUACGCGAUAACGUUUCCAAUAGAAGAAAUCAGCUUCUUCAGCUGGUAGAGGAGGUUACAAAGGAGUUGAAGGGUCUCAAUUUUUACCACCGCGAUGUACUCCUAAGCCAUGUUGAAGGUGUUGCCUUAGAAGAGUAUCUUUUGAUUGGUGUUGUGUUUUCGGAUAGCGAAUACUUCUACCGACAGAAAACAUUACUGAACGAAGACGAAAAUUGGGUUCAUAUCAACGUUCUGAGCACUCUGAGUGGUCGGGUUAUUGACUUUGACGUUAAACUUUUGAGUUUUGACGCCAUGCACACCUACGUGCUUGAACGCACGCGCGACCCUUAUGUACUGAUGUGGCUAUACUAUGCCAGUCAAGAACUGUUCAAUGAGAAGGUUGCUGUCACUGUUCCUCCACCGAUCACCCAGUUUAUUCUGAGGGAUAAUCUCGAAAUUGAACGCAUUCGAGAAGAUUAUAAUCUGAGUGAUGAACCAACCGCCGAGGAACUGAACGAGGAACCGGAAGUACUUGAUGAUGAUGAUCAUGAUGCUGAUGAUGAUGAUGAUGAUGAAACCUACCGAACGACAUCAUAG